CGCGGGUCAGUCUGUCGGGCAACCGGUCGCUCUCUCGUUUCUCGUUCUGUCCGUGUUCUCCGCUCGACGCGAGCGCUCUACACACGCUUCCGAAACGAUCCGCGCGCUUACGAUUAGAACCGCGACGCGUGUACACGUAAACGGGUGAUCGGCGACAGUGGCGACAGUACGCUACGCGGAAAGUGCGAGGAUCACGCGCUUGCAACAACUGCACGCAUCGUUCGCGCGCCGAUUUUCAACGCGGAUAUCGCGCCGUGUUCCGAGGCGAUGCGCGCGCCUCGUCGCGCACCGAGACUCCGGAUGUAACGCGAGACAGGGACGAGAUCGUACGGAAGCUCGUCCUUCCUCGCCGAGUCUCGAUUUUUACUCCCAAGGAGGUGGUUCCGUCCGCGAAUUGUGCUCGCUCGAACGGUCGGUACCAUUCGCGCCGGUAUAAUGUGGAGAACGGUUCCUGUUCGGAGGAUUCAAGGACGGUUGACGACUGAUUAUAUUCAGACGAAGGACAGAUAUCCGUCGUCGGGGCGAUAAUAGUCGCGUGCUCGGUGAACGCGAGCGGUGGGUGCCGGCAAACGGAGGAGCAGACCGCGGGUCCUGGUGAUGUUGCUGGAGCUGAGAGGAACUCUAGCCGGCAGGAAGAGAAACGGAUCGACGCUGUCUUCGUUCGGCGUUGGAGGUGGCGGUGGCGGAGGCGGCGGUGGUGCUGGCUGCGGCGGCUUGUCGCCGGCCAGCGAGGAGGACGACGAGGAGUCCCGACACCUGUUUCUUGGGAGGAAAAUGCAGACCGAGGGCGCCGCCGCCUCCGCCGAAUUGUCGCCGGGAUGCACCCGCGACGACGGCGACGAGAGCUCCAGCCCGUCGCCGAACAGCAGUCUAUUGAAUAAUCUUAACAACAAUUGCAACUCGAACCGGCAAUGCGCCACGGACUUCAGCAUCGCGGCCAUCAUGGCUCGGGACUCUAGGCAGCAACAGCAGCAACAACAACAGCAGCAGGCUGCACAGCAGCCGGCGCAGAGCUCGCCGUCGCAAUCGCAACCGCAGCAGACGCAAGUUCAGCAGCCGCAUCAUUAUCGACAGCAACAGGCCGUCGGUGGCGGCAAGUUGCAUCAACAUGAGAGGGAACCGAGCGUCUCUGGCGUGGUUCGCGGCGCCCCUUCGAUCCAGGAGGCUAUCGUCGCGGAGGACGACCCGGAGACGGACGACGCCGGAAGCACCAGUGGCAAAGCGGCCUCACCUGUGAACCCUCUCCUCCAGGAACGGUCCAACUGCGAGGAGCUAAGGCACGUAGUAUGCCACCUCGAAACGAAAGACUUGUGGGACAAGUUCAACGAAUUGGGCACCGAGAUGAUCAUCACCAAAACUGGAAGGCGAAUGUUCCCAACGUGCAGGGUGUCGUUCAACGGAUUAAAGGCGGACAGUCGUUACGCAGUCCUGAUGGACAUUGUGCCGGUCGACAACAAGAGGUAUCGAUACGCGUAUCACAGGAGCUCAUGGCUGGUAGCCGGAAAGGCCGAUCCUCCGGCGCCCGCUCGUCUUUACGUGCACCCGGAUUCGCCUUUUACGGGUGAGCAGCUUCGAAAGCAGGUCGUCUCGUUCGAGAAAGUCAAGCUCACCAACAACGAUAUGGACAGGCACGGCCACCUGGUGUUAAACUCGAUGCACAAAUAUCAACCGAGGAUCCACCUGGUGAAACGUCCGGACUCGGGGACGGCGAAGCCGAUCACGGACCUGGAGAAGGAGCCGCACAAGACGUUCAUAUUCCCGGAGGCGAUAUUCACCGCUGUCACCGCCUAUCAGAAUCAACUCAUCACGAAGCUGAAGAUCGACAGCAAUCCGUUCGCGAAAGGUUUCCGGGACUCGUCUCGCCUGACGGACUUCGAGAGCUUCCCUUUCAGGGAAACGAUGGAGUCGAUGCUGGCGGAGCAGCAGUCGCUGAGGUUUCCGCAUCGGCUCCCGUUCGAGAUGGAUCAGCUGCAGGCCGGCGCGGUGAGCAACCUCAGCCUGGAGGAGAAGGCGUUAUGGGCCGCGCGGUCGCAGAUGCUGCUCCGGGCUGCAGCCGCGGUCGCGGUCAGUCCAUACGCCCAGCUGGUGGGACCCGCGGCGCUCGUGUAUCCUGGGGCUUCAUCGGCGGGGACCAGCCACCAACACCAGCAACAACAGCAGCAGCAACAGCAACAACUCGGUCAUUUAUGGUGGGCCUCGUCGUUGGGCCCGACACUGUUCGCGGCCGCGCACCAUCAGCAACAGCAGCAGCAACAGCAACUAGCCAGUUCGAGUUCGCAAAAUCCGGGCACGGGCCCAGCAGCUCCUCGACCUCUCUAUCCCUCGGCGUUGGCUCUGGCCCAUCACCGAUUCUCCCCGUAUCACACGGCCGCCGCGCCUAAGUCCUCCACCCCCGUCGGGCCCUCGCUCUCGCCCUCGCGAAGGGCGACACCCUCCCCGACGGACAGCCUCGGUAGGGACGCCCAAGACUUGUCGCCGUCGUAGUCGACGACCUCGGGACCACUCGGCUUCGACCCACUCGAGACCAACGCUUCGCUCAUCGUUGCUCCUGGUUUAUUCGGCAUCGAGGUACGAAUGUAGGUAAUUCGGAUCAAGCCCUCGGUCGUAUUCCUGUCACUAUUGUCACGGUCGAUGGAUGGUAUAAAGUUGAGAGAAAAGGCGAAGCAUCGUAUGUGCGGUAUGGUCGUUGUUAUACAUUAAAAUGAAUCGUAUUUUAAAGGGGACGAUACACGGUUUACAAUAUUACAUUGACAAUAUAAUUAACUAUCAUUUUCAGGAACAUAAUUUAUAAAUAUGAUUUUAUAAUUUGUUUACAUAUAUUUCGAAAGUAAUACCUUUUACUUACCUUUGAAAUUACAUAAAAUAUUUAAAAUUUCUAUUUUAACAUUUUUUAAUUGAAAGCAGAGUUCACUAAGAGAAUAUCCUAUUUUGUUUAUUAUAUAAAUUUAUAUAAAUUUGCAGAACUAUGAAACUAAUAUUCUAAAUUUUAAUAGUAUAAAUAGGACGCUGAUAUGAUUGUGAAUAAUAAUAACGUAUAUUGCUGACCGUGCACUGGCCCUUUGAAGCGAUCAAUCGCAUCGGGCGAUCUUUGUUGUACAUAGCUAUAUAUACAUAUACAUACAUAUAUAUACACGUACAAAUUCACGAGCCCUAGGUAAUAUCGACUUCGUUCGUGUAACAUAAGUUGUAUAUUUCGUAUCACGACUUAUCGUUAUCUUUAUUUAUGUUUCGAAUUCCGUACUUAACAUGGAAAUACGCAGAGCUGUACGACGGAAACAGUUCGCCGGUGAAGAAGAGAAAGGGAACAUGAAAGAUCGAGACACACACACACACACACACACUCUGCGUAGAUUUUCCAGGUGUAGCUUAAGCGACGAUUCAUUGUCGCCGGUAUCGGCGAUUAGCGUUUAGCAUAUAGCGUUAUAUCGUUGAUGCUUGUGUUGUGAAGAUGCAUUAAAUAUUCGCUGUGCAAGCUCUGAUCCCUUGUAAAUAAACCCUAAUAAACUCUUGUACCGAGCCUA